AUGUCUACAACUCUGUACACUGCAAACGAUUUCAUACUUUUGUCACUACCUCGGAAUGCAGCACCUGCCAAUUCUUCCAAUUCAAGUGCAGAUUCUUGGUUACAAAAUGAAUUGAUCGGUGGUAGGGCAUUUGUAUCUGAUUUCCAAAUUCCUGAAUUUAAAAUAGGCUCAUUAGACAGCUUAAUUGUACAAUCUGAAGAAUUGGCGAAAGCAGAUAACCAAAUUGGUUCGUCGAUUGGUAAAAUUGUUGAGAUUUUAACUAGUUUAAACGAAAGUGGAUCCAAUGCCUAUAAGACUGUCCCCAUAAAUAACGUGCCAGUACCUGAAUACUUGGAAAAUUUUCAAUGGAUGACAAGAAAGUUUAGACUUGAUAAGUCAAUUGAAGAAUUGAUGAAAUUGAUUACGGAUGAAUCUACACAAUUGGAUUCUGAUGUUAGAGCAACUAGUACCAAUUACAACAAUGCCAAAACCAAUUUAGCGACUGCAGAAAGGAAGAAAACGGGUGACUUAUCUAUAAGGUCAUUACACGAUAUUGUUAAACCAGAGCAUUUUAUCUUGAACUCAGAGUAUUUGACUACGGUACUCAUAGCCGUACCUAAAAGUUUGAAAUCUAAUUUUGAGAAAACCUAUGAGACUUUAGCCAAAAAUGUGGUCCCAGGAUCCGCUGGUAUCAUAUCACAGGAUUCAGAGUACAUUCUUUAUAAUGUACAUCUUUUCAAAAAAAGUGUACAGGAUUUCAAUGCAGCUGCAAGGGAAAAGAAAUUUACUCCAAGGGAAUUUGAUUAUUCAGAAGAAUUGAUUGACCAAUUGAAACAAGAGCACGAUUCUGCAGCUCAUUUGGAGCAAUCAUUGCGCUCACAAUUGGUUAGAUUGGCUAAGGCUGCUUAUGCAGAUAGUUUUAUUAACUGGUUCCACACGAAGGCGCUUCGUGUCUUUGUCGAAUCAGUACUUCGUUAUGGUUUACCACCCGACUUCAAUACUAAGAUAAUUGCAGUGCCACCAAAGAACUUGAGCAAAUGUAAGGCUGAACUUACGGAAGCAUUUGGAUAUUUGAGCGGUAAUGCAUUUGCAAGAAACAAACAAGGUAAAAUUGUGAAGGAAGACGCAAGUCUUCACCAAUAUGCGGCUCUAGUGGAUACAGAAUACGAACCAUUUGUCAUUUACACCAUCUCUCUGUGA